AUGGCGUUCUGCAUUAUCAUGGGAACGCAUCCUUUUACCAAGCAAAUGGAAGAAUACAGAGGGCAACAAUUUCGGUGUAACAACUGCGGCAAUGUGCGAGCGUUUUGUCAAAAGAGCUGGACAUGGUUCACUGUUUGCUGGAUUCCUGUGAUACCGUUUUCUGCAGGCUGGCACAAAGAUGUCUACUGUCCUAUCUGUCGCGUCACACAAGACUUGGGCCAGCGACCCGACAUCACAUCCGGGCAAGGAACGCAUGGACAAGCGUUCCAGCAAGGCGCCAUCAAUGGAGGAUACGGCGGCCCCCCACAGCAGCAGGCGCAUUAUAAGUGA